UUACUAUAUUAAAGGAGAAAAACCGAAGGAAAGUGCAUCAGAUUUCAAUCGUUACCGUUUACAGCUAAGUUUGAUCGAGAAAAACGAUGCACACAAUGAAGGAGAAGAUUAGCAACAUGGCCAGUAGCGCCAAGGAGCAUGUCAACAUCGGCAAAGCUCAACUUGAAGAAAAGUUGGAGAAAGCAUCGGCUUCUACAGAAGAACAGAAGGAGUUGGCUCAUGAGCGUAAAAAAGCCAAGGAAGCUCGAGCAAAGAUGGAGUUGCAUCAGGAUAAGGUCAAGCAUAUACAGGAGAAAAUGAGGGCUAAACAACCCCAAUAUCUCCAUGGCUAUGGCUAUGACCUUGAUCAUGACCCAACACUUGAUAGGGAUGAAACCACCGCUCCUCCCUAUCAUCAUACAGCGCAUCCCCCAACUCACGGCCAUCACAAGUAUUAAUAAGGUUGACCACUCACAUGGCCAUGGCAACACUAUCUGUGUUUUAGCCUCUUGUUUCAUUUGCAGUCCCACUUGUGACGUUUAUCUGUAAUAGUAAUUCAACCACUCAUCCAUCUUUUCUUUUC